CGCCGUUAAUGCUACGUUUAAAAAUCAGAUGUUUGCGUUAUCAUAAAAAUAUGCCGUCAAAACUUUAUUUAUUUAAUUUUAGUUAAUUCAUUCGAGUAAUUCGUCGUUACGACUAUUUCACCACAUUAAUAUGCACAUCAGCGUUUUCAAGAAAUGUUCAAGUUAGAGUCCUACAUCACCCCGAUUUUAUUGAGUUACGUGAAUAAGUACAUUUCGAAUUUUAAAACCGAAGAUUCUCAAGUGUCUUUUUGGGGAGGCGAUGCAGUUUUCAACAAUUUGGAGUUAAAUUUGCAGGUGCUAGAGCAGGAGCUCCAUUUGCCUUUUAGUUUUGUUUCAGGGAGUAUCAGAGAACUUCUUAUACACGUACCAUGGACGAAAUUAGCUUCCGAACCGAUUACCAUUACUAUAAACACGAUAGAAUGCAUAUUCAAUUUAAAAGGAGAAGGAAGUAACGGUAGGACUGAAAGCGUUUCAACACCAACAGAAAAAAAAGAAAAUAAAGAAAUUGAAGCGCCACAAGGUUACGUACAGUUACUAAUAAACAAAAUCGUAAGCAACAUUCGGAUAUAUUGCAAUAAUUUAAUACUGAAAUACGUCGAAGAAGACAUAGUACUUUCAAUAAACGUUAAAUUACUAAAAUUUGAAUCUGCGGACAAUAAAUGGGAACCUGCUUACAUAGAUAUAUCACCGGCCGAAGUGAUUUUAAGAAAAGUGAUAACAAUCAACGACCUAACGUUGUGUUUAGAUAAAAGAAAUGCCUCUGGAAAAAUCGAAAUUUACAUGGAACCCAUGCUCUAUAAAUGCUCCAUGACGAUGCAUUUAUUUAAAAAUUACCACUCGGCUCACGCCGGAAGAGCUUCCAUAACGAGAUUCGACAUUUAUUGCAACAACAUGGAAUUUAGUAUGACAGAACAACAAGUACCAAUGUUUAUGAGGCUUCUAAUGUUAAUCUACACAUUGAAGCAAAAACAACUGGGUUCCGAUACGCCUCUUAACGAAGGAACAGCCAAUCCCAUUGAACACGGUAUAGAAGAUAAUCAAACAUCGUGGAGUAGCUGGGCUUGGUCUUACGUUUCGUCCGUUCUACCAGCACCUUGGGACGAUGAGUUACAAGACGAGGAUUUCGACGGUUUCAAAGGGCAUACAGUACAUUUCGGAAGUUACAUUGAUAAUUUAUCCAUAACAUUUAAGGUAUCGGAGGCGAGUCCGGAUCGAGGCAAUUACUACAAUGCCCAUAAAAAAAUCCGCUACAACCCGAUGCUCUGUCUCCAACUGCAAGGCAUUUACUGCGAGACGAUCAUACACGGCUUGAAAUGGUUGAAUUCGACUUGCGGAAUAAGCCAGGCCGUUUUACUGCCCAUGGGAUCGUGCAGUUGUUCCCAUACGGAAAUCCCCGACCAUUCUACUGCCAUAAAUUACUUAAAAAUCGGUUCCGAAGGUAGUAGCCACAAAACGGAUUCUUUGUUCGAUGCGGAAGCCGUGGAGAAUAAAGGUCAGAGGAGAAUGUACAAUACAUCCUGGGAUCAUCAUAUGACUGUUUAUACGGAAUCAGUAUUAUUGGAUAGGACGCCUGCGUUUUGUUUCGAUUAUUUGUACCAAAUCGAAGUACCUAGUGAUACGUCUAGUGAAGUUUUAUCGGAGUUGGGUAGCGAUUUUGAAUUUAGUAAUUUAAUGGAAAACGCUAAUAUGAGAAUGUGCGUUGGUCCUUUAAAGCUUCGAAUCUGCUCCGGGUUGUUCCACAGAAUUGGUUCUUUACAAGCGGCCGCUUCGUAUUACGAUUAUCCACCGUACGCGAUUCCGAAACCGGAGAAAACCCUCCAAGACAUCCAUCCGCCUUCCGAAGAAGAUUUCGAUGCUCUCAACGAAUUUAUACCCACAAGAAGCAUGAGAAUAACGUUUUUCGCGCCCAUUAUAGAACUAGACCUGAUGGAUCAUCCCUAUUUUCAACCCACUAAGGGUAUGCUGUUUGUUAGAAAAAAGAAGAAAGGUAUAUCCCCAACGAGUCCAUCAGCUACACAAUCAUUCCUACCGAAACUCUCGAUCGAAUGUCAAUUCAUCGAUAUAAGCUCGACCUAUCCGAUGUACGUUAAUCGAUUGGUUCACACCACAUGCCAGUUACCGGACCCUCCGGCUAAAUUAUUCGAAGCCUGUUAUUCGCAUCAAAACGUGAAAAUAGUCGGGCUAUGCAGCCAAUUGAUAGUCAACAAACAACAGCACACUACCAUUUUAACGCCGUCGAGUUUCUCCUAUUCGACCAGACAUAUAGCUAAGCCCCAGUUUUGGGUGAAUCCGAACAUUCCGCACGAAGAACAGUUGUUCGAAUCGGACACCAUCACUUUGAACGGAACCAACGCGAAGAUGAUGGUGGUCGCUCUCAUCGUUGGGAAAAUGUUGAAAAUGGAUUCGGAGGGCGCCUUGAGCACCAUGAAAGAUACUUCCAUAUUAUCCGAUGCUUCUAAGGAUGAUAUGCCGUUUAUGGAGCUUUGCAUUGAAUCUAUCCGGUUUAAACGUGUGCAAACUAAUUCGACUAUUUCGAUGGACAUGAGUUUGGGUUCGAUUAAAGCUUUCAUAUUCGAGCCGGUUAAAGGUGCUUCAGCGUCGACGAAUGAUAUUCAGCAAAUUUUGUUCAUAUCAGGACCGGAUCCCAAACCGUCGGACAAUCCUCAAUCGGAGGAAUUCAAUUUGCCUUUAUUUACUGCCACGAUUCAAUAUCCCCUCGAACCGGACAAUCAGAGACAUCCGCCGAUAUUGUUGUUCAAUCUGCAAGAGAUUCGAAUUUGCAUCGAUCCCAUGCUGUGUAGAUGGUUGCUCUACUAUCCUCAAAGUCUUCUACCGAAGCAAAGUUCCGAAAAAGUUCUAAAGACGAAAACGUACGAAACCAACGAGCCGAUAUUAUCCGAUACUCCGCGUAGAAUAACCAGUUUAAUAGAAACCGUUCACAGUAGUUCGGACAGGGAAUUGUUCAAACCGGUCAAAGUGGAAUCGCCCAAAGAGGAAACCGUCGAUUUGCAGGAGAAAAUCUACAAUUUUCUAAUCAAAUGGUUCGACGUUUGGAAGGGGAUGUUCAUCUGCGGCGAUAUAUCGCAAUGUACGGUGUAUUUUCCGUUGGUGUCCCUUUCUGCCAUUGGUUCUCAAGGUAUCCAAGAAGCAGUGGAAUCGGCGGUAAACAAGAAACAGCCGCCGGACAUUCUGAUAAUAACCCUACCGUUAUCGAACGUACGCAGCGCUCACAGGCAGAGCAUAAAAAAAUACCUCAACAAGCUACCAGUAACGUUACCCGCCUCGGUAUGGUCGCCCGAUACAUCGAGCUUCCCAUGGACGAUGUCCGUAUCGGAAUUGAGCUGUUACACCGUGCAAUUCGGCAACAAGCUGUCGUUUCUGAACCCGUUUUCGCUGAGCGCCACCGUGGGUUUGUCGACGAAAUCCAACGCGGACGCUCAGGAUUCCAAUAAAAUCGAUAUAGGCCCUUUGGGUAUUUACAUACACGUAGACGUUACGCCUAUAUUGAUAUCCACGUCCGAAGUGCAAGUGUAUCUGUUCGCUAGCAUCUUGUACGGUUUGAUCGAAGUGAGCGAGAAUCUAAUGCCGGAUAGUACCGGCAAAUCCUCGAUUCCCGAAGCGAUUUCUUCGGCAGCGAUAAAAGACUCCAGCGUGUCUCUAACGGAAAACGUCAUAAGAGAGGUAUCAUUCGAAUCGCUCAGCGAUCAGACCCCUACUAUCGCUACGAAUAAGGAAAAUCCGGAUGAGGCGGGAGUGAAAUUGACCGCUUGGGUCCAAUGGACCAUCACGCGUUUCACCGUUGAACUGUUAUCGAACGAUUGCAGUUUGACAAGCGAUUCCGAAUCGUCCGACUGUCGGUUGAAUCUGGUCAUCGAUGCCGAAGACAUCGUCAGCUCGAUUGAUUUCCAAAACGUUUAUUUGAAGAUGAAGAGCAAAAUCGGAUCGAUGUCCAUUCAGCAUUAUAAAAAGUCUUCUCCGAAGGAGAAUUGGCAGCCCGGGCCCUACACGGGGGUCGUGAUGAGGAUUAGAGAAGACGCCCAAGUCAAUCAAAGGCACGAAGAUAACGGUUUCAUUAACGUAACGAUAACGCGGGCGAGUUGUCAGCACGCUCACACCUUAUGGGGAGCCGUACAAAAGAAAUACAUGCUGGAACCUAAGAGGACCACCGGCAGCUCCAAGCCCGAGUUAUUGUCCCAAUCUAGGUAUAUUACGGAAAUCGUUGUCAACGUUCAACCUAUAGAUUUCGUGUUAUCUUUCAAUACUCUACGAAGCUUCUAUCAAGUAAUCGCUCCUGUUCUAAAAAUUCCCGUAAAAUCCGGCGGGAAAUCGUCGAAAAUUGCCGGUAAUGCUCUGUCGAAUUUCACAAAUCAAAACCUGCCUUUGGCCUAUUUGGAAUGCCAGGAUAUCAGGGUGGUGUUGCCUUCGAAGAAUCUGGUAGACAGCUUGGCUUUGCAGGAUUGCCUGGUGGUGCAAAUAGACAAGAUAUCUUUGACCCCGUCGGCGGUGAAUCCCAUAUGCAGGACGCCUUUCAGGCCUGAUUUGUACGAGCGAGCCGCCCAUUCGAGGAUAUUAAACGUACCCGGUAGCGACGUAGAAGAUAGACAAUACGAGUUGAAUAUAACGGGAAUAUCCGUUUCUACCGGCAUUUGGGACGACGUACAAAGCAUAUUCGCUCAAUCGCUCAGCGCCAAAUCCUCGCAUUCCAGAAGUUUCAGCGAAAAUCCGGCCCUGGAAUGGAACAGCAUUGACAAAGGCCAGCCCCAGUUUCAAGAACCCCUGCUGGAUCUCUGGCAUAUAAUCGAUAAAUUCGAUAUAUCGGUUAUAGCAGCACCAGCGAUGGUCUACAAAGAUUCCACAGUAAUAUGCGGACAUUCCGUAGAAAUAAACUUAACUUCUGAUAUCAAUAUUGCGCUAGUCUACCAGCAAUUUAGCAUAGCGGCUUGUUUGCUCAAAGAAUUCCAAUUGCUUGUCGAGCCUGUAGAAGAGAAAAGCGACUCCUCUAAGCCUAAGAUAACAUUCCCGUACGGUAAAAUCGAAUUUCCCGCCUCCGGCAAAUCCGCGGAGAACUUGAUCGGCGAUUCGUACAAAGAUUCCGGUUUCGAAACGUCCGACAUACGAUCGGUGAAUUCCUCGAAGAAUUUGAAAACCGACAGCGAGAGGAAUUUCGCCCACAAACAGUCGAUUUCGCUCGAUAAUCUGCCGAUAGAGGCGCUCUUCACCGCCGGGAAACUCACCGUGAGCUUCUACGAGGUGGAUUUGGAGGAUAUCCACAAGAAAUGGACGAAGAAAUUGACGAGGAGAAUGUCGAUGCCGUUGCAAAAGAGGAUCAGCUUGACGAGCUACAACGAGUUGUUCGACGACGAUAUGGACGAUAUCGACGAGAACGCUAAGAAAAUUUAUCCUUUGUUUUGCAUUUGCAUAGACCAGCCCAACGCGUUUUUGUCCUACUUGAACGCGACGAAGAAAAUCCAAAUAUCCUGCUUCAAUUUCGCGUUUAAAGUAGGCGGAAUGGACCAUUUUAUCGUAAACGAAGUCCUUUCGGAGGAUAGUUAUUCGACGAAUUUAAUCGAAACCAAAUCGGGUCAUCCCAAUCCGAAUACGGGGGUUUUCCCCGCUUUUCUUACGCUGAAAUAUAGCAAAAUUUCACGUAAAUGUACGGUUUUGGACGUGGAAAUAGGGAAACCGACGAAAUUUUUGUGUUCGCCAUCGAAGUGCGCUUUUCUGCUCGAUGUUUUUCGUAAGAUUGCCGAUAAUAUGCGCACCGAAGCCAAAGAUAUCGUCCUGCUAUUGGAUAAAAAUAAAGAUUUAAAAGUGAAAGAAAAGAAUACGUUACCGUACGUUCGACCUACCGUCGUGAAAAGCAAGUUUUACGAGAUAAAAAAUUAUUUGUACGGCAUUACGAACGUUAAUUUCAAAAUCGAUCAGGCCGUUUUUUGCAUCGUCUCCGACAGCGGGCACGAGGUUCAAUUGAGUUUCGAGAAAUCGUCCAGCAGUUUCUCCAUUACCACUCGACCCGAGAAGAUUUCUUUGAAAACGAAUUUCCAAUCGGCCACUUUGAUUAUGUUAAACGAAAUGAACCAAGGCAAGAAGAACGUUUUGUUGAAUCCCUGGUCGUUUUCGUUCAACGUUUUCGUUUUCUGGGAGCCCUGGCAGCACAUCGAUUGCGAUCCCCAGAUACAAGUCAACGUAAAGAGCGAAAAUAUAGUCAUCGAUAUCAGUCCGGAAACCGUGAGAGGUAUGCAAACGAUUGUAAAAGAAGUAGAAGACGUGGUUUCGUCGAAUUUAAAUCGCCCUCAACCUGCUAAAAGAGCCGCAUCAGAAGACUCGAUUCCCAGGAAAUUAUCCGAGAAAGAACAACAUUACAAAGACGAUUUACGAGCGGGGGCUUUCCAAUUUAUCGACGCGAAUUCCGACAACGCCGACGAAUUACCCUUACCUUAUCAAGUGGUGUUUUGGAACGCGAAAAUAUCGGCGAUGGCUUGGCGCUACCCCCAACCCAGGGCUCUCACUAAAAUCAGGGUGUUCCCCGUACCGUUCAAAGGCGCUUUCAGCAACGAAUCACAGGACGAAAUUCAAAUUUCGUGCUCCUUGCAAUAUUGGUCCGAAUGCAGGACGUCCUAUUUGCCUUACGCCCAGUUUUACAUGUCCGAAAGCGAAGUGUGCCAUUUGAAACUACCAAAAUCCAAUCCCCAGCCUGUCGUAGCAUCUACAUGGAGAGUUGUUAUCACAGUUGAAUCGAAAGUAGAAGGAAAAAUAGUGUGUAAAUGCCCUUCGAGCAUGUCAGCCCAAAUGUCGCCUAGAGCUCUAGCUGCUUGCAUGCGAAUAGACUCCUACUUCAACAGAAACCUAGUACCUAACAUAUGCGUUUCAUUGGAAAUCACCAAAAUCGACGUAUCCCUAACCAACAACUUCGACAAACUCGUUUACAUCGAACCCCCGUCGUUCCUCAAACGCUUCACGUCCGACUACCUCUUUCCCGACAAACAGAAAUUCCUCACGCUGAGCCUCUUCAACGUAAAGGGCCACCUCACGUGCUGGGAACGCGACGUGUCGUCGGCCGAAUUGAGAUCGUCCGCGAAGUGCACCGUGCUCGAUUACCACUUCCUCACCGAACAACCCUUCGUGGAGCCCUUCAACUUCGAGCUGCGCCUCGACGCUUCGGACCGGGCGAGCUGCGAGUUGAUAUCGAAGCCCGUCCGGGCGAGAUUCGGCCCCAACGUGGCCCACACGUUGGCCGUUAGCGCGCAAGUGUGGGACCGCGCGUGGCCCGAUCGGUUGAUCGUGAUGACGCGAUUGGUGGUGUGCAACGAUACGCACGCGACGCUGAGAUUCGGACAGGCGCACACCGACGAGGAGGUGUCGUUGGGCUGCAGGAAGUUCCAUUUGUACAGCUGGAGGUCGCAGAAGAAGGCGCAACAGCUGCGCGUGGGCGUGGAGUCGAACGAGUACGAGUGGUCGGAGCCUUUCGGAGUCUACGAAGAUGGUACUCAGUUGGUUGAGUUCGAAGAGAGCAGUAACGUAGCGGUGUACGUAUCGAUCAAAUCUCUAUCGGCCACUCAGAAGAAAAUCACGAUUUUCGCGCAAUUGAUCGUCGCUAACAUGCUGAUGGAGCAUUUCGAGAUGAAAGUAGUCGAAGCGGUGAAAGAAAAUAAAGACGUUGAAUUCAGGAAUACGCCUACCGAGCUGGUGCCUUCUCGUAAUACCACUCCCUCGAUAUUCCUCAGGACCGAUAGGGAGUACUAUUUGAGAUUGAGGUUCUACGGAUUGGACUCGGCUUGGACGGGAGAUGUGCCGUUGAAGGCUCAUUACAGCGGCUCUCAGCCGUGGCUGGUUAAAGUUCCUCUACAAGAGCGCGGCCAAUUCUUGAGCAUCUGGUGUCGCAUUGUAACGGAAGAAAUCGAAGAUACCAAAAGGAUUUUGGCGAUUUUGUGGCCGUUGUUCACCGUCAAAUCGAAUCUGCCCGUUAGUUCGAACGUACACAUCGAAACGCCUACUCUGAACGUUCAUUUGGAUUCGACGGUCGAAGGUAGAGGUCGCUUGCAACAGUUGUACUGUCCCGGUACCAUCGAUCAUUCGCAUCAGCUCACCUUCAAAAUGGAUAAUCAAAAUUCUACCUCGAAUCCGUACGUUCCUUUGAACUACAGCCUGGUAGACCAAUCGGCGUUUUUCAAAAAAUCCGAAAACGGCGAUAUCGAAGAAAAUCUAUCGGCAUUAGAAAUUUUUUCGGAGGUAAAUUGGCCGAUGUUCGGAGACGAAUUGGACGAAAUCGAUUGGAUCGUCGAAGAUCAACCGCUGACGCACGUUCAGGUUAGAUACCAAAACGCCAGUCCGAAUUCCUGUUCUUUGCUGGUAGAAUUGUUACCAUGGUGUUUGGCGGCGAAUACUCUGGGAAUCCCCGUGUCUUUGAUGCUAAACGGGACGGAAUUGUGUAGAAUACCCCAUCAUGGGAUCGUGGCGCCACCUAAAUUAGAAGGAAAUUUUAACAUGGGAAUUUCUAUGGGAGGAUCUCGGUACUAUUCAGAACCUUUGCAAUUGGCCAAAUCCGAUUGGAGCCAGACCUUUUACAUGCCCACCAUAUCCGGUACAUUGCCUAUAGAAGGAUCAAUUAAGGCUGCGAUUAAAUGCGAUUCGCACGUUUGUUGCAUUUCAGUGUCGAGUACAAUCGCUAAUGAAAUUAGAUUGUUAAAGAUUUCAUCUACGCAUGUGCUUACUAAUCAAAUACCGACGCAAUUACAAGUGAUCUGUUUGGCUGUGUCUAAUGGAGAUAAAAAGUUUAAUUUUCCGAAGAACGCCGAUCGCUAUAGCUUCGCGCUGUUGCCAUGUUUGGAUAAAAGCCAAUGCGGCGUAUCGAUAAUCAAAUGGUACACCUCCGCGAAAUCCUCGAGCAAUUCCAACGACUACGCGCUGUACAUGUCCUUUUGCACGGACGAAACGUCCGGCUGGUCCUGUCCGAUCCGAGUCGACAGGCCGUUCCUGCGGAAAUCCUUUUGCAUAACGGCAACGCCGCAUCCCAUAGCCGCCCUGUUGACCUGCCAGGAGCACAAAGGGCAGCUGGUUUUGUCGUUGUUCAACGACAAUUACCCGCAAACGUUGAUCGCCAAUUCCACGGGCAGGACGAUCCUGUGCGGACAAUCCGCCAAAGACGGAUCGGUGGCGGAGGAAUCGCAGCAUUUCAAUUGGAAUUGCAGGAUACAGGAUAACGAGGAGAUGUAUUAUAGCAUGCCGUUGUUGGGAGAGAAGUUCCCCGAAUUGCCGCAGUACCAUUUCCCCGAGCAUUUUAGAUUCGCCUGCGAAUCGCAAAAUUCGGAAAAAAUCAAAUGGUCUCAACCGAUUAAUAUCACCCACAAUUACGAGCAAUACCUUCGAAUACCCCCUCACGGGGAUAUAAAAGUUAUUGUAGUCAAUUCGGCCUGUACCACUUUUAUAAAUUUACAAUCAACAGGAGAGAUGGAAAUCAACGCUAGCGAUAUACGCACUAGAUUAAGCAUGAACGAACUGGACAAAACAAUUCAGGAAGAAGCAGAAGAACAACAACAAGAAGAAGAAGCUCCCUCUUCGUCGAACUUUCACCCCGAAGAAAUCCACCGUGCAAUGUCCGAUUCGUCGAUUUCUAAGGUAAACAAUAAGAGCCAGUUCCAAGGGGCCGAAGACUCGUGCCCGUGUCCGAGGACCCGCUCCGAUUCGAUUUUAUCGGCAACGUCGCCCCUCCAGCGAUCCCUCCUCGUCAGCACGCUGCCCACGAGAGAGCGUUGGGCCCUGAUGAAGUUCAGGAUACAGGUCGAAACGUUCACCGUGACGUUCGCCUCCGAUUUGAAGGAGCAGGGCCGAGAGCGCUGGGAAAUCGCCAGUCUUAUCUGUGAUAACGUCGUCGUAGACGGAACGCAAACCGAGAAAUUGAAGAUGAAAUUUUCAAUAUCGGACGUUCAACUCGAUAACCAAUUGUAUUCGAGACAUUCCUACGAUUUCCCCGUGUUGUUGAAGGGGCAAGAGGGAAAGGAGCGCCGGUCGGCGAGGUCGGUUAACAUUCCUUUAGAAAAUUUAGAAGAAAUUGAAGAUAAUGACGCGUUGAUAACGGCGGAUUUUACGUUAGAAACUUGGACUGACAAAGCUAGGAAAAUAAACAUUACUGGUGUGAAAUAUGUAAAAAUCAACGUAAAUCCUAUUUCUAUAUUCAUUGAAGACACCUACGUGGCCUGUUUGAUGGAUUAUUUCAAUAUAUUCGUACCAACAAACCUUAUCUGUUGGCAAACGGUGAAGAAUUCCCAAAAGCUAAACGGUCCUCCUAGUUCAGUUUUAAUUCCCGAUAUCAUCAUUUGGCAAAGUUCCCUAUUAGCGAAACCAUUAUCUCUAAGAAGCCUCAGCAUUUCGCCGAUUUCAUUGUCCCUAUCGGUACAUUACUCCGUUAAAUUGUACAUAGCCUUAGAUCAGUCUCCUUUGCAAUUCGGAAAACUGGAGAGAAGGAGAUUAUUCACUACACCGUACAGAUUAGGACACGCUCUGACGAUGCACUACCUCUCCGACGCCAUAUUCGGAGCGGGCUGGGUGGUCAGCUCGCUGGAGUUGCUGGGAAGCCCCGGCGGAUUGGCCAGAGCGAUGGGCACCGGCCUGAGAGACUUCGUCAGUCUGCCGUUGCGCGGCUUCAUCAUCGGCCCCAUGGCCUUCCUGAGGGGCAUCACCCAAGGUUCGGCCUCCCUGAUGAGACACGUCACGGCCGGAACGUUGCAAUCGGUCACGAAACUGGCCUCGAGCGUAGCCAGGAAUUUGGAUCGGUUGACUUUGGACGAGGAACACGUGAGGCGCACCGAGGAGCAACGGAAGAGGAAACCGCAAGGAUUAGCGCAGGGUUUUAUGCAGGGUUUGACGGGGCUGGGAGUGAGCCUACUGGGCGCCAUAGGAGGAGUAGCCCAUCAUCCUCUGCAAUUUAUGAUAGCCGAAGGAGUUUCGCCCAUAUCGUUGGUAACAGGCGUGGGUUUGGGUCUGGUAGGCAUGGUAACAAAGCCUCUGAGCGGCGCUGCUGAAUUGGUGGCUCUAACAGGACAAGGACUGUUGCAAGGAGCGGGUUGGAAUAAUUUACCCGAAGCCAGAUCGUUACCGUCGAUAGAAAAGAUAUUGCAAGGCAGUAAUUCUUCGUUGAAGUAUCUUUGGAAGUAUUUGGAGAAUUAUUCGAACGAUUUGCUGUACGUUUGCGAAGGCACUUCCAUAUCUAACGCCUCGCAAUACGAGACUGUCGCUUUGAUCCUUACGACCGAUGUUCUUAUAGUGUUCAGUUUGGAACAGGAUGCCGUGCAAAAGGUUUUAAAUCUAUCAGAGUUGGCCGUUUGUCCUAGCAACGAUCCUACUUUGCUGGUUUUCAAGAUAAUCGCGUCGGAUUCGCCUAAAGUUAAUAAAGAACCGGACGAGGAGAGUAUCGAUAUGGAUCCGGAUAGUAGAGCGAGAGUGGAGGAUUACGUUAAAAAAACGACGAAUUUCAUGUUAUCGCCCAAAAAGUACGAGUAUAGCGAUGAGGUUGCCAUUAGCGUGUCUCCGUUGUCUUCGGUAUCGAGUCAAUGUGGCGAGAAUACCGAGGAAAAGUCGACUCUAUUGACGUAUUACGUUAAUCUUCAAAAUAGGAACUACUUUUUGUGUUUGCUUGAGUUGGCGUUGAAACGUCGCCAUUAUUAUUCGUUUGAAAUAUUGUGAACUGAAAACGUUUUAUAUGUGUAUAAUAAAAAAUAUAAAUAUUCU